AUGAAAAGAAAUAAUGAAGAAUUUGAUGAUUAUUAUGAUGCUUAUGAGGAAAACUGGACUAAUGAUACAUUUGGAGAAUUAGAAUAUACACAAAGUUUAGAAAAAAAUAUAAGAAAAAAAUUAAAUAAAGAAGAAUCGAAACAAAAUAGUUUUUUUACUGAAAGUGAUAAAAUAAAAAUAAAUAAUAAUAAAGUACAAUUAAAUAGAAUUGAUACAAGAUCAGAUGGAGAAGAUAAGGAAGAAAAUAGUAAUAAUUUAAGAUUUAAUAAUGGUGAUGAUGAAAAUAAAAAUGAUGAUAUAUAUCAAGAAAAGAUAAAGAAAGUUGUAAAUAAAUUAAAUGAUGAAGAUGAUAGAAAAUUUUCAAACGAUGAACUUAGUAAUCAACUAGAUGAAAAUAAAAAAGAUGACCAAGAAUCUUGCUUAUUUAAAGAUAUAUAUGAGGAAUUAGAAAAUUCUAGAAAUCAUCAAAGAGGAAAUCCCUUGUAUGAAGAUAAUUUUACCAAAAGAAAUAAUGAUACUUUUUUUCAAAAUUUAGAAUACAACAGCAGUAAUACUGAAACAGAUAACGAUGAAGUUCAUUCAAAUUCCCCAUUUAAUAUUAAUGAUUCUGCUAUGCACUUAUGGGAUAAUAUAAACGAUAAUAAUAGUAAUGAUAAUAUUAAUAAUUAUGAUAGUGAUAAUAAUAUUAAUGAUUUUAAUAAUAAUAAUAAAAAUAAUAAUAAUAAUAAUAAUAACGAUAUUAGUGAAAAUAAUAAUAACAAUAUAAGUGAAAAUAAUAAUAACAAUAUUAGUGAAAAUAAUAAUAACAAUAUUAGUGAAAAUAAUAAUAACAUUAGUGAAAAUAAUAGUAACAACAUUAGUGAUAAUAAUAGUAACAACAUUAGUGAAAAUAAUAAUAACAAUAUUAUUGAAAAUAAUAAUAACAAUAUUAGUGAAAAUAAUAAUAACAAUAUUAGUGAAAAUAAUAAUAACAAUAUUAGUGAAAAUAAUAAUAACGAUAUUAAUGAAAAUAAUAAUAACUACAUUAGUGAAAAUAAUAAUAACAAUAUUAGUGAAAAUAAUUAUAAUAAUGAUAUUACUAAAAAUAGUAAUAAUAUUACUGAUAUUAUUAAUAUUAGUAUUAAUAAUAAUAAUAAAGAAAAAGAGUGUGACUUAAAAUUAAAAAACUCUUUUUCAAAUUAUAUAUAUAAUCAUUUAGAUACAAAUGAAUAUGAAAAAGACUAUAAUGAUAUUGAUAAUUUUAAAGGGAAUAACUCUGAAAAGAAAAAAGUGAAUACAUACGAUGGAAAUUUAUUAACAUUCUUAAGAGAUAGUAUGAAAGGUGCUAAUAAUUUACUUAGUAAUAAAAUGAAUUUAAAAGAUAAAAGAAAUUUUUUACAAAAAGAUGAAGGCAUAUUUAAUAAUGAAAAUAAUGAUAAAUAUUCAGAUUAUAACAAUAAUGCUAAAAAUUGUGAUAAUAGCUCGAAUAACAAGGAUUGUUCUUUUAUUAAUGUUCCUAAUGAUAUAUUUAAAGAGGGUAUAUCUGUUAAUAAUAGUAUAAAUAAUGAUGAUUAUAUUAUUCAUAAUAGUUACAGUAGUUUAAAUGAUAAUAGUAAUCCUAUUAAAAAUAAUGAUAUAAGUUUAAGUAAUAAUGAUAGUACGGUUGAUAAUAGCAAUAGUAGUAAAAAGAAUAACGAUUAUGAUAGUAACAGUGUAAAAAUUAUAAAUAGUAACUAUUAUGACGAUAAAGUUAGUUAUGAUUGUAAUACUAACAAAGAUGAUUAUGAUAAUUUUCAUAGCAGUAAUGAUGAUAAUCUCAGUCUGUAUGAAAAAGAUUUAAAUAAUAGCAAUGAUAAAGCAAAUAGUUGUGAAGAUAACAGGAAAGAUGUCAAUGAUACAACUAAUGAGAAUGAUAAAAAAUUAAACGAAGAUAGUAUAUCUCUUGUACAAACAAACAUAAAUUUUAAAACGAAAAAGAAUCAUUUAAAGACAGAUUUUCGUAGUGAAAAUGAUAAAAUUUUUAAUAGUAACGAAAGUCUAAUAAAAAUUAACAAAAAUAAAAAUACUACUAGUAAUAAAACAAUUAAAAAUUCUUUAUUUUUGAAAAAAAAUAAGAAUUUUUUCCCUGAAAAUAAAGAUAACUUUUUAAAAAAUAACACAAAAAACUAUUUAAAUUCAUUUAAAAAUGAAAAAAAAAAUGAACAUAAAAAUUCUACGAAAAAUAAUAAUGAUGAAGCUGAUAUAAUAUACGUUGACUUAAAUGAUGAAGAGCAAUGGGAAGAAAUUGAUAAUGAAAAUAUGAGGAAAGAAAAAUUAAAAAAAAAAAAAAUAAUGACAGUUUUAAAAGAAAAUGUUGAAACAUCAAAGGCAAAUAAUGAAAAAGAUAGCAUUGAUAAAAUGUCAUUAAGAAAAAAAGAUAAUAUGCAUAAUAAAGAUAAAAAAAAGACUAAAAAAACGAAUGAAUACAAUAAACAUGACGAAUUAAAAGAAUUAGGUGAAGAAUUGAAUAAGCAAAUAAAUAAGUUAGAAAAAGAACAAAAUAAAGUAAAAAAAUUAGAAUAUGAAUUAAUAGCAAAAAGCGCUGAAAUAGAAUUAGAAAGAGAAGAAAUGAAAAACAAAAUGGAAGAAGAAAAAAAAAAAAUGAUUAAAACAAUUGAGGAAGAAAAAAAAAAGUGGAGUAAAGAAAAAAAAAGAAUAGAAAAUGAAGUAGAAAAACAAAGAAAUAUUGUAUUAAAUAGAAGGAAAUUAACAAAUGAAAUAGCAAUGUUUAAAAAUAAAAUUAAAGAAUUAGAAGAUAAUAUAGAAAAGGAAAGAAAACAACAUAAAACAAUUGUAGAUAAACUAAAAAAGGGAAUUGAAAGCUUAACAAAAGAAAAUGAGAAGCUUAAAACAGAUUUAAAAAUAUCAGAAGAAUACAGGAAAAAGUUAGAAAGUUAUCAAGAAAAAACAAUUAUGAAACUAGCAAAAAAUGCUAACGAAAAAAAAAAAAAAGAAUUGUAUGAUUAUACAGAGGAAGAAUCAAAUUAUAAUUUAAUGAGUAAUGAUCAAAUAGAAAACAAAGAUGAUGUGGGAGAAUAUGCGUUAAAGAAGAAAACAAAAAAAGAUAGAAAAAAUGAAAUAAAAAAUAAGUUUGCAUAUAUACAUGAUAUGAAAGAAUACAGAGAAUCGGAUAUAUCUGAAAAUUCCAAUGAAAUAAAAGAAAUAAUAAAUGAUAAAAAUAAAAAAAUUCAUAAUGAAUUAGACAUAAUAUAUUAUAGUUCCAAUAGUGAUAAUGAAAAUUUCAAAAAAUUUUCACGAAAAGAUGAUACAUGUAUAAAUGUAUCGAGUAAUAGUUUAAAAAAAAAAAAAAAAAUUACACUUAGUAAUUUAUUUGUUCAUAAAGAAGAUAUGAAAAAUUCAGAUUCUCUUAAAACAAGUGAAGAAUAUAUAAAUAAAAAUUUGAAAAAAGUAAAAUCAAUAAUAGAAAAAAAUAAAAAAAUAUUAAAUAAUGAUAAAUUAGAUAUGGAAGAAGAAAAAAGUAGUAUUACUACUGAUCAAAAAAAUUACAAAGAAUUUUUUUAUGAAAAUAACAAUGAAACAAAUAACUUUAUAAACAAAAAUAUUAUUUAUGAAGACAUAAAUAUGAAUGAUGAAAAUCUUAAAAAUUCUUCUUUUUCAAAUAAUUAUUUAUAUUCUAAAAAUGAAAAAAUGAAAGUAACAAAAAAUUAUGACAUAAUGUUUGAAAAUUUAAAUGAAAAAAUAUCAGUAAAUAAUUUAAUUAUAAAUAACAAUAUACCAACUACACAAAGCGUUAAUGAUAAUCAUAAAAAUUCUUUAACAAAUGUGAAUGAAAAUUUAGUUGAUAACUUAUUAACUCAUAAAACAAAUGAAGAUAUUAGCAAUUAUACAAGUACCUCAAAGAUGAAAGAAAAAAAAAAUUAUGAAUAUUCAAAAGAAAAUUCAAAAUAUUUACAGAAAAAUAUAUCGAAUGUUACUAUGAAUUAUUUAAAUAAUAAUUUGACCAAUAAUAAACAUGUAAACAAUUAUCCUGUUAAUAGAAGUUCAUAUGAUGAUUGUAAUAAUAAAAUUAACAUAAAUAAUAAUUUGAUACAAAGUAAUUAUAUGAAAAAUGGAUCAACAAAUAAUUAUUAUAAUUUAAAUCCUUUUGGUAAAAGUUGGGAGUUUAUACUAAAUUUUAAUUUUGAUGAAUUAUUUAAUAUUUGUGAAGAAGUUAUUAAAUCAGUUUUUUCAUCAUCAAAAAAAAUAAAAUAUAGACAAGCAUUUAUUGAUGGAAAGGUUGAAACAUUAUUUGAUGAUGGUUUAAAAAUAAUUGAAAAAAAUAAAAACAAAAAAAUUAUCCAUCCAAGUAAUUUAACUAUUUAUCUUUAUCCAAGUAAAGAUUAUAAGGCAAAGUUAUCAAAUUCCUAUAUGUUAUACAAUUUUGUUAGUAAAGGUAUAUAUCAAGUAAACAUACCAAAUAAAUGCCAUUUAAAUAAGUUUCCAAGUGGACAAAUAGAUUGCAAAUACAACGAUGGUCAUAUACAAAUAUUAUUUUAUGAUGGAAGAAGGAAGGAAAUUUUGCCAAAUAGAGAGGAAUAUGCUAUAUUACGUAAUGGUACUAUAAAAAAAUUAAAUUAA